CUCCCUUUUUCUCUUCGCCACCCCCACUCCCGUGGCGCAUUGGCGCGCGGCGUCUGGGGGCGGGGCCGAACAGGGCGCGAGCGGGCGCUGCUCUAUAAAUACUGGGCCUCCGGGGUGAUCGCCUCCUUCGCUGCGCGCCGCCUGCCUGGUGAGAGUGGGACGUCGUUAUCAGCUUGUAUAUUUCGCAGUCGCUUCCUUGCUGUUGCCCUCCUGUCUUCUUAACGCCACCUUCUCAGUCCACCAUCGCCAACAUGAACGGCCAGCUCAACGGAUUCCACGACGCGUUCAUCGAGGAGGGCACAUUCCUCUUCACUUCUGAGUCUGUGGGAGAAGGCCACCCAGAUAAGAUCUGUGAUCAGAUCAGUGAUGCAGUCCUUGAUGCUCACCUUCUGCAGGACCCAGAUGCCAAAGUGGCUUGUGAAACUGUUGCUAAAACUGGAAUGAUCCUUCUUGCUGGGGAAAUUACAUCCAGAGCUGCCAUUGACUACCAGAAAGUGGUUCGUGAAGCCAUUAAGCACAUUGGAUAUGAUGAUUCUUCCAAAGGGUUUGACUACAAGACUUGCAAUGUGCUGGUGGCCUUAGAGCAGCAAUCACCAGAUAUUGCUCAAGGUGUUCAUCUUGACCGGAAUGAAGAAGACAUUGGUGCUGGAGACCAGGGUUUAAUGUUUGGUUAUGCCACUGAUGAAACUGAGGAAUGCAUGCCUUUAACCAUUGUCCUAGCCCACAAGCUAAAUGCCAAACUGGCUGAAUUACGCCGUAGUGGCACUCUGCCUUGGUUACGCCCAGAUUCAAAAACCCAGGUGACUGUGCAGUAUAUGCAAGAUCGUGGUGCUGUGAUUCCCAUCAGAGUCCACACAAUUGUUAUAUCUGUUCAGCAUGAUGAGGAAGUUUGUCUUGAUGAGAUGAGAGAUGCCCUGAAGGAGAAAGUUAUCAAAGCUGUUGUGCCUGCAAAAUAUCUCGAUGAGGAUACAAUCUACCACCUACAGCCAAGUGGCAGAUUUGUUAUUGGUGGCCCUCAGGGUGAUGCUGGUUUGACUGGCCGGAAAAUCAUUGUGGACACGUAUGGUGGUUGGGGAGCUCAUGGAGGAGGUGCCUUUUCAGGAAAGGAUUAUACCAAGGUGGACCGUUCAGCUGCUUACGCUGCUCGUUGGGUGGCAAAAUCCCUUGUUAAAGGAGGUCUGUGCAGAAGGGUUCUUGUUCAGGUCUCUUAUGCUAUUGGAGUUUCUCAUCCAUUGUCCAUCUCCAUUUUCCAUUAUGGUACCUCUCAGAAGAGUGAGAGAGAGCUAUUAGAGAUUGUGAAGAAGAAUUUUGAUCUUCGCCCUGGGGUCAUUGUCAGGGAUCUGGAUCUGAAGAAGCCAAUUUAUCAGAGGACUGCAGCCUAUGGCCACUUUGGUAGGGACAGCUUCCCAUGGGAAGUGCCCAAAAAGCUUAAAUAUUGAAAGUGUUAGCCUUUUUUCCCCAGACUUGUUGGCGUAGGCUACAGAGAAGCCUUCAAGCUCUGAGGGAAAGGGCCCUUCUCCCUAAUUUUUCCUGUCCUCUUUCAGCUCCUAAUCAGUUGGCAGUCUCUCUCUAGUCAAUGACAUGAAUUUUAGCUUUUGUGGGAGACUGACUGUAAGUUGGGCUUGCUAUUCUGUCCCUAGGUGUUUUGUUCACCAUUAUAAUGAAUUUAGCGAGCAUAGGUGAUCCAUGUAACUGCCUAGAAACAGACAGCACUGUAGUGAAUAAUGCUUUGAAAUCGAACCUUUGUGCCCUAUCACUCAAACCUCCAAACUCCUAAUUGCGUUGACUUCUCACCAUACUGAAAAUGUCCUUGUAAUGUGCACGUAAAGUACUUGUAAUUCCACUAUAUAUAGCCUCUUGUCUGGCAAUGCCACAGCCCUGUCAGCAUGAAUUUGUAAUGUCUUGAGCUCUAUUAUGAAUGUGACGCCCUCUCCUAACUCACCCUGUAACUCAAUCCAUUUCUAAUUAUGUAGCUUUGUCAGGGAGUGUUCUAUCCAGUCAGUCUUGCAUGUAACGCAAGUUCCAGUUGGAGCUCUAGCCUGACAUCA